AUGUUCAACAGGUGCUUUACACGGGCUCGGUUUCUAUUCAGACAGAGACGCAGGUGAGUCAAGGUUCAUAGUGGGAUUUUAGUUUAAAUAGAUGUAAAUAAUUUUUAUAAAUAACGUUUGUUUUAUUACUUAUAUAAUUUAAAACUUUUAGUAUUUUUGAUGAUUAUACCGCCCGAACGAGUCAACGGACGAAUCGGCAGAGGUAUCAGUGGGGAGAGCACACUGCCAAACCAUUGCUUGGUUUGUCAGCAUGGGGAAUAAUCCGCGAAACAAUAGGUUUGGACAAAGUGCGGCUAGAUGAAGAUCCAAUUAAAGACCAGAUCAAACAGUCAUGGCUCCAAAGGAAGUACAAGAACUAUGACGAAGCUAUACGGAUUCUAGAAGAUGUAUUAACAGAGGUCAAAGAAAAGGGAGAAAACAGUAUUGAAGUGACAAGAGUACUCGAUGAAUUGGCAAACACUUACUUCUUCAAAGGCGACUGGAAUCUGGCUUUGGAUUAUUUUAGGGCUGUGGUGCAAAGGUACGUGCUUCGAAAAAGUUAUAUUGAAUUUAUAUUGAAUAUCUUUUAAUUUCUGGCAUUUUUAUAGUUAUUUUGUAUCGAUUUAGAAUGUUGUCUUUUAGAUUGAUCCAGUUCCACCACAAAAACGAAUCCUCCCCAGAAUUCAUUGGGAUCUCGUUGAAAAUGGCCGAGAUUCUGGCCAACAAAGGUGAAAUUGAUAAUGCAGAGAUAGGCUAUCGCCACUGUAUCACGAAGCAGAUGGAAGUGGUCGACAAACACUUUUCAAAAUAUUUUAUUUCGAACGGAGCUGCGGUUGAACGUGGGAAUAAGGUAGACGAAUUUGGACAGGAGUAUACUGAUCCUAUCGUGUUGUUUGCCAUGUGCCUUCAACAAUUUGCUCACUUUAUCAUUGAAUACCGUGACCAGUCUCGGGAGAAGGAAGCCUGCGACGCUAUGGACGAGGUAUUAAAGGUUGGUCUUGUUUAGUACUUUUUCUUGGCUAUUCUAUUGUCUUUCAAUGAAUUUCUUAAACUCCAUUUGCAUUUUUCUUACUGCUAGAAGUAAUUUAUAUUAACAAAGCAUUUAGUAUAAUUUUGGUUGUGUAUUACAGUUGACUUACCACGUUUUUGGUCCUAAUCAUCCUCAACUUUUGCAUAUUUUGAACAACUUUGGAGCAGCGUGUGUGAUCAGGAACCGCUUCGAAACGGCACGGAAGUAUCUCUCCGUUGGAAUUGAUAAGAUACUUUACAGUCCAGAAAACACUGACAUUAUCGUCGGGUAUUACUGUAACUACGCCGAAUCCUUGUUUCACACAGAAUCCUUUGAUGAGGCCGUUAAAUACGCGGAAUCUGCAGUUAGGAUGGCCAGGACUGCACCGGAUAAUGUGAGAAGAUAUGCGGAGACGUUCCUAAAACAGGUCAAACAAGAUUUGCGAAAUGCCAGAAGGAAAGCAGCCUCCAGCCAUCAACAACCGUCUGAUUCUGGAUGGUUUAGUUGGCUAUGGGGCUCUUCAACGAAGCCUGAACCUGCUACACCGUCGACAUCUCAGACGCCGCCAGAAACCGCUGCCGCGACAACAGCUGCUUGA